UUUUUUUUUACUCCUUUCUCGUUCUCUUUUUCUUAACCCAUAAAUACUCUAUGGAAUCAGAUCAAGAAGCAAUUGAUUAUUUUUAUUAUCAACCUAUUGACAUUGUCCCAGAAUUAUUUAUUGCCAUGUUUGCCGUAAUUACAUUAGCAUUUGUUUAUCGUAUUCAUCGGAGCAAGUGUGGUAAAUGGUUAUACAUUUUACCUGGUACAGCAGUAGCAGAAGCCAUUGGGUAUGGAUUUCGAACAGCAUGUGUUUACCAAACCACCCUUGUAAAAUACAUCAUGAUGCAUCUUUUUCUUCUUCUUGCUCCCAAUGCCCUGGCAGUUGUCAACUACAAGACUCUGGCGAAGAUCAUUGCCAUACAGACAGAUCAGCAAAUAAACAUUGGAUCAUCUAUUACCCAUCCAUCUGAUCCAUUUUACCUUUCUCCUAAAUUUAUAACUCGACUCUUUUUUUCUAGUGACAUUCUUUCUUUCUUGCUUCAAGGUAUAGGUGGUGGAUUACAAGCAAAACAUGAUGAUAUGCAAACCAUAGGUCAGAUCAUCAUUUUAAUUGGCAUCGCUAUACAAUUGAUUUUCUUUGCCUUGUUUAUGAUGAUGUCAAUUUAUGUGUAUCACCAAUCAAGAUUUGAUUACCGAGUGGUGGACAUCAGAUCCCUCACACUCGUCGAGAUACCUUGUGCUAAAAAAAAGGUCAUGGCUUGUUUAUUUACGACCAUCGUAUUACAGUAUAUUCGUUUUGUCUAUUGGGUCGUUGACAUCACUACGGGCUAUGAUGGUCCCAUAGCAACCACCGAAUGGACUUUUUACGUGUUUGAUGGUGUUGCCAUCAUUGGUUGUUUUCUAGUUUAUUAUAUCUUGUUCAUAGGCAAUCUUAUACCCAAUAAUGAACAUCUACUUGUGAUUCAUGCCCCCAUUAGUCAGAUUCAAUUAGCUGAUUUAUAUAGAUAAUAAUCUUACUCUUAAUAAUAAUAAUAAAAAAAAAGAUAAUUCAUUUACACUUUA